GUUACCGAGUUCAUUCAUGAGUAUAGCAUCGAGCAACCACUGUCACCGUCGGCAUCCUCAUUCAAGCAGAACUUUGAUCUGGUGACGCCCGAAUUCGAGGAGGAUCCGAAGCUGUUGUGGGGCAGCGUACCGGUACCGCCGUUCGUCUCGGACAAGGUGGUUACAUGGGUAGAGGAAAACUUUCCCCAUCAGCCACCGCCAGCGGUCGAGUUUCGCGGGCAGCAUGUUCUGAAGAAGAUUGAAAAUGUCCGGAUGAUUGACAGAUAUAACAGCAAAAACCCAACCGUCGGUGUGCUGUAUCUUACGGCCACGCAUCUCAUAUUCGUCGAUCCGGAUGCCAACAAAGAGACAUGGGUACUGUACAUGCACAUUGCGAACGUGGAAAAGUUGCCCCUGAGCACAACCGGCUCACCGUUGCUGAUACGCUGCAAAACGUUCCUCUCCAUCACGUUCGUCAUACCGAAGGAACGCGAGUGUCACGACGUCUACACCACACUGACGAAGCUGUACCAGCCAGUGCACAUCAAGAAUCUGUAUUGCUUUCAGUAUACUACCGCGGCAAAGGAGCUGCCCAAGGCUACCGGCUGGGACUACUUCAAGCUGGAGCACGAAUUCAAGCGGAUGCGGGUCCCGAACGACCAGUGGAGUGUCUGUGCGCUCAAUCAAAACUAUGAACUGUGCGACACGUACCCGCGGCAGAUCUACGUGCCCGCCGACGCAAACACGCAAAUCUUGCUCGGAAGCUCGCGGUUCCGGUCGAAGGGUCGCUUACCUGCGCUUACCUAUUUGCAUUCGAACAAGGCGUCAAUUUGCCGUUGUAGCCAACCACUGUCGGGCUUCAGUGCUCGCUGUCUCGAGGACGAACAAAUGCUGGAAACGAUACGCAAGACUAACCCCAACUGCAACUUUAUGUACGUCGUUGACACGCGGCCAAGGAUUAACGCCAUGGCAAACAGGGCGGCCGGCAAGGGCUACGAGAACGAGGCCAACUAUGAAAAUAUCAAAUUCCAGUUUCUCGGUAUCGAAAACAUUCACACGAUGCGUGCCAGUCUGCAGAAGCUGAUUGAGUGCUGCGAGCAAAAGUCGCCCACCAUGAGUGGAUUCUUAAGUGCCCUGGAAUCUUCCGGCUGGUUGAAACACAUUCGAUCGAUACUGGAUACAUCCUGUUUUAUCGCAAACGCUGUGGAUAAGGGCAUUUCCGUUGUCGUACACUGUUCGGACGGUUGGGAUCGUACGGCGCAAGUAUGUUCGCUUGCUGCGCUUAUGCUGGAUCCGUACUACAGGACAAUUAAAGGAUUCCAGGGACUGAUUGAAAAGGAUUGGCUUGCAUUCGGUCACAAAUUCAGCGAUCGGUGCGGACACAUUCAAAACGAUCCGAAGGAAGUAUCUCCCGUGUUUACUCAGUUGCUUGAGUGUACCUGGCAGCUGAUGCAGCAGCGUAACGAUGCGUUUGAGUUUAACGAAAGAUUCUUGCUUAUCCUGCACGAUCACGUCAUGUCCUGCCAGUACGGCACGUUCGUGGGCAACUGUGAGAAGGAUCGAUUGGACCUACGGCUAUCGGAAAAAACCUUCUCCUUAUGGGGUUACAUGUCGAACCAUCUUAACGAGUAUAUAAACCCGCUCUAUCGACCGGAAAUGGAUGAAACGAUAAAACCUAAUCUUGCCCCGCAAAACAUAAAGUUUUGGCGCGGUAUGUACAGCCGGUUCGAGAGUGGCGUUCAUCCGAGGGAACCGUUGGAAGAUUUGUUGAUCGCUAGUAAGGACCAUUGUACUUCGCUGGAAGAUCACGUGCAACAUCUGACGAAGCGUAUCAACAGCUUUAAAAAUAUGCUUUCCAAGUCAGCCAAACGAUUGCAGGGUGGUAGUGCGGCGUUACAGUCAAGAUACAACACGGACACUAGGGGUCCUAUUGAAGUGAAUGAUAAUCGGUACAAUUACGAUCGGAAGCUAAGCGAACUGUCGGCGGCGGACGAUGAUCAUCCGCUGAAGACGAGCGAUUUUUCUUUUUCCAAUCUAUCGAUUUCAGAAUACAACAAUGAAGUGGACAAAGUGAACGAAGACAUCAACACUGUUGCUGUCGAGUGGAAAUCUCUCCGAUCGGUCGUAAACUGUCCCACAUGCUCUAUACCUUUCGAUCAAAUCACGAAAAAGAAUCAUUGUUGGAAAUGUGGAGAAGUAUUCUGCAGUCGAUGCAUCGACAAAACGUUAUCGCUACCGGGUCACGAGAGUGGCAAUCCGGUGCCAGUUUGUCGGCAGUGUUUCCGCAUAGUACAGCAAGUGAGUCCUUAA